CUGACAGCCACAGGCCGACAAUCGCAAAAAAUUAAACCAGCAUAAUUCUAAUUAAAUUAAUCCAACACGCAUUGAAUAAAUUAAAAAUUGCAUUUUUUCACUUAAACUUGCGUAACUGGCGCAGGGAAGGGCUCAAUUUCGCAUGGGCAAAGCGUCGCAAACCGGGGGCGUCAAGCCCAUGUCCAUCGCCGGGCGCUUCAACAGCGAGCGCGAGCGCCUCUUGGGCAUGACAGACGAGGAACGAGCGUUCCGUAAACAAUGGCUCAAAGACCAAGAGUUGGCCCCAAGUGAGCCCCGACCGGUUCCCGAAAUGUACAAAGCCACCUACAACCCCAUCCGGAGGGCCUACCGCUGGCCUUUGGAUCAGUUGGCCAAGGUUUUGCUUCCGGUUUUGGGGGAAGAACGGGCAAGGAACGUGCGAUACGUCACUGGGAAGGCUUUCUUGGGGGUUAUGGCCGCCUAUUGGUUCACUUAUUACUUCAAGUAUAAUGCCAAUGAUUGGACGAGGGCCGGCGGAUGGAAGGCUUUUAAAUCAAGGGAGGCCGUGGUUGAGGGGGAUCCCGGAUAUCCGAAGCUGUCCGAUCGGACCAAGCCCUCGGAUUACGCCUCCAGAGGGUUCAAGGACGUUAAGAUGAAUUUGUAAAUUAAAAAUUGUGUAGCGGGCUUUUAGUUAAAUAAAUGAAUUUAUAAGUGAA